AUGACGGCAGUACGAGACAGCUACCACACUCAUGUGAUAGAUUACGUGGCAUUAGCAGUAACACCACAAACACUACUUGCCACACGAGUCACAUUAUCUAGUACUGAGUUCAACGAACAGAUAUCCCCCAAAACGUAUGUCAAUGGCCCGAAUGGCUACAUUACUUCUCAAAUAAAGAUUACAGAUCCAUACUCCACAGUCUAUAUCAAUGUGAAGUCGAAGUUACCAGAGUACCCUGCAAAUGAAUACGACCACUAUGCAUUUUCGCAAUCAUCUUUUCGAAAAAUCAGAUCUAAAUUUUAUAGACCCGCGAAACUCUACACCGGUCAGUUGUUCAAGCUUUCAGUAGCACCCAGCCUGGUUGACGCAAGAGCCCGCGUUGGUGGCUACAUAAUUAUUUACAACGAAAGUCUGGAAACUUGCCCCACGCCGCCCACACACCUAGGCUGCUACAAGUGCCACAAGCUUCUCUUUCAAGCUGUAGUGCCUACCCAAAGGUGUUGCUUAAUGGAUGGACACAUGGAAAUUCGUGCUACCAUGUGGGCCUCCAUUAUCUUUGCGUCUUUGGUAGCAGUAUCCUCGGGGAUUCCUCAGUACUCAUCUCCUCCUCCCCCUUCAUACAUAGCUCCGGCUCCAGCUUGUGACCCUGUCACUGUCACUGAAACAACUACUGAAUAUGGAGAAGUCGUGGAAACUACUACAGUCCCUGUCACCACCACCAACACUCUGUAUGAAACCGAAGUCAUCACUCAGUUUGAAACCGUAGUCGAGACCGAUUACGUCACCGAAACUGAGACCAACUACCAAACGGAAACUGAAACUCAAGUCAUCCCUACAACUAUUGUAGAUACUCAGACCACUUACCAGACUGUGUAUGAGACAGAGACACAACAAACUUAUAUUACAGAAACUACAACUGCAGUUCAAAAGCAGUACAAAACCGUCUGCCCAAAAAAUUCUUAUGUUAGUUACUAAGCUCCCAAGGUGGAAAGUUAUCAUACAUAUUAAAAUAGUCAUAAUCCCA